AUGUCGUCGUCGAGACGGUGGGCCUCCUCCCCCGGCAGCACGGACCUGCUGCCAUCCCGGUCGUCGGCACUACUCCCCACCGCGGCGCUCUCGCCCGCGCGCCACAGCUCCCGACGAUCCGUUUCUUCCCGCUCCGAACUCGAAGAACAGGCCACAGGCACCGGCGUCGGCCGCUCCCUAUGGCCUUCCUCCUCCAGCAAUUCCAAGAAGAAGGCUGCUUCUCCUGCUCCGUCGCCCUCGCCCGCGGCAGCCGUAGCCACACUUGCCGACCACCUCACCAACGACGCGACCAUGGACGAGUCGCUCCAGUCGCUCUCCCGCCAGCGCAGCUGCACCGAGCUCCGGCGCUUCGCCGACGCCGAUGCCGCGGAUGCCGACGCCGACGAAAGGAAGAUCGGCAGGUCGUCCGGCAAGUCCCACGCGUUCGGGCGCUCCAUGCGCUUCCUCCCGUCCACGAAACCGGCCGGGGUCACGCUCACGCCAGGCCGCGUCGCGCCGUCCGACCUCCGCAGGCUCAACGGGGCCGCGCUGGACGCCCGCGCCGACGCCGCCAGCUCCGGGUCCGAGUGCAGCGAGGCCUCCAGGGGAUCGAUCACCACGACCACGAGGUCGGCGAUCCCCAAACCGAGCUCGCCGAUGAUCGGGCGCACGAGCUCGGUCCGUCUGCUCGGGUCCAGCAACACGCAGUGGGCGCUCUCGCCGGGCCGGCGGAGCAGCUCGCCCUUGAAGACGCUGGCCACGGUGCCGGAGCCCAAGAGCAAGAAGAGCUUGCUAAGCAUGGGUUGGGGCCAUCUCUUCAACCGGAGGAAGACGGGCACGGACUCCGACGCUUACGUUCCCACGACUGCGGCCACCGUGUCGUCGUCCUCGCCGGUGCCACGGAGCGGCGGAGUAGGCGAGGCAGGACAUCAGAUGAGGAUGAUGCAUUGUCAGGUUUUGCGCUGGCGCUUGGUGAAUGCCAAGGCAGACACCGCGUGCAAGAACAAGCUGGCCAACGCCGAGGUUCAGUUGAUGGGUACAUGGGCCAGCGUGUCAGAGCUAAGAGGAAAGGUUGCAAGGAAGCGAGUGCAGAUCGAGAAGGAGAAGCUAAAGAUUAAGCUGAACGCCAUACUUUCUUCUCAGGUGAGGGAUUUGGAGAGCUGGGGGCAGCUUGAGAAGAAGCAUGCCUUUGCUUUGGACUCCACGGUGGAUUCCGCUAAGGCAGCCGUUUGCAGGCUUCCUCUUACCAAUGGUGCAAAGGUAUCCCUGCCGGCAAUGGCAUCCAUACUCGAGCAAAUGUUCGAGCUCGCAAUGACGGCAAGGAUAUCAGUUCGCUCAUUUAACCCCGUGGCUCAAGAUACAGCAGUGCUAAUGUCGCAGCUGGUGCGUGUGGCGAGUGAAGAGCGAGCUCUGUUACAGGAGUGCCUUGAGCUGCUCGGCCGGGUCUCUGCACUUCAGAUUGAAGAACAGAGCUUGCUCUGCCAUAAGGUGCAGUCGUCGUCGCUGAAUCUCAUGACAGUAUAGUCGUGUACGGUCACAGACGAAAAUGUUCAUAACGAACUGGGAAAUGUUCCAUAGGCCUGGGUUCCAAAAUCAGAUAAUAAUCGGAGUAAUGGUGCCUCUAGAAAGAAGACAACAGUACAUGCUGCCUGCCGUGCUCUCUCUUACAAGCUAGUGCAGAGCUGGAAUUGUGAUGGUUUUUGUAGCCGUUUAAAAUGCUAAACAAGACUGUAUUCAAAUAUGAAAAAUAUAG